CCCUCUGGGCUCGAUUGGUCGGUGCGGAUGGGCGGCCUCUGGGCUCCAUUGGUCGGUGCGGAUCGGUGUUCUCCGGGCUCCAUUGAUCGGCGCUGUUGCCAUGGCGGCGGUUGGUGUCGGGGAUGAUGGGGACACUGCGGGCCCGGUUGCGGCCGCAGAAAAGUCUGAGGCCGGGGCCUCGGGAGCGGCCUAUCCGGAAUUUGAUAAAAAAUGCAUCUUUUGUAGAAUCGGGAAUAGAGAGGAGUCGGUGGAUUUGCUGCAUUGGGAUGACCAGUUUGCUUGCUUUAGGGACAUUCGCCCUGGUGCGCCCCAUCAUUAUCUUGUUGUACCAAGAAAACACAUUGCAAAUUGCAAAUCUCUGAAGAAGGAGCAUAUAUCAGUGGUUCAAAAGAUGGUGAACAUUGGAAAAAGUGUACUGCAACAAAAUGGCAUGAAUGACCUGGCAGAUAUAAGGCUGGGCUUUCACCUGCCCCCAUUCUGUACAAUAACUCACUUGCACUUGCAUGUAUUGGCUCCAGCCAGUCAGAUGGGAUUUAUAUCGAGACUGGUUUACCGAGUUAAUUCCUACUGGUUCGUUACAGUUGACAAAUUGAUUGAAAAUCUAAAGUCUCUUCCGGAUGAGUGAAUGAUAGAAGAUACUAUAUCCAUGCAGUUGAGUUCCACUGCAGAUACUUCUAGAAGACUUCAAGACUGCAGCUGCUCUUUGAUCUGGAUUUAAUGAACAAGAAUUAAUUUAUGCCCAUUAGAAUUGAAAAAAAAAUCCAUUUACUCGGUUUCUGUUUUUUCAAAUUCAUAACUUUUCAUUUAGGAAGUGAAGAUCUGUAGCAGUUUUCUGGACAGUUUAACAAAAACUGCAAAAUUUACUUGUGUAAGUGAAAAAUAACGACUUGUUAAACUUGUCAGCAUGCACGCAAUCAGAAAAUUUAGCUAGAUGUAAAAUUGGAAAUACUGAAGAACUUUACUUAUGUAAUGUUGUUAUGUAAGUUUUGUCUUAAAUACCAUUUUAAAUAUUUAAUUGUAUCAACAUUACAGUAAACCUUAAGUAUGUGAAAAUGUUCCAUGUGCAAUAAAUAUCUUGUAUGUGGCAAGUUAUUAGUACAUGACUACAUUGGUAUGGAUUAGGUUUUCAGAUAUUGUAACAAAUUUUUGUUCUCAGUUUAUGGAACUGAAUAUGAGAGCACACUAAUUCAUUCAGAAAAUGUAUAAUGUGUUCUUACAGAUAGAACGUAAAAAUGAGUCGCUACUGUGCCACCAUCUUGUGUUGAAUUGUUUGUGCUAACAUAACAACAGUUAUAGAGUCCAUUAAUUUGAAUAUAAAAAUAGAAUAAUUAUACAAUUAUAAUGUACAUUCACUGCAGAAUAUCCAAGCCAUUGCUUGUAAGUGCAUUACAAGUUGAAUUGCUGGUGUUCUCUGUGCCAUAGCUACUUGAUGCUUUUAUAAUGCAGUAUUCUCUGAUCCACAGUACUGCAUUUUCUUAAAUGUGUUAACACUGAAAUCUAAUUUUCAGCUCACAACUAUAAGAUUUUGGCACCUCUGAAAUGCUGGAUUUUACCCUAAUGUCUCAAACACUGGCAACCUACAUCUCUUAGAGAGUUAGUGUGUUGGCAGUGGAGGUUUAUGGAUAGUGAAAGUUGGGACACCAGUCUGGGCAGAAUUGGUAUGUUUAGACAGUAUCGUGAAAAAGCAGUGUGCAAAUACAACAUUGAGGUGUAACCUGGAAACUGAAGUAUGUUUUCAUGAGGUACAGUUUUGCAGUUUAUAAGUUGUCCUUUAAGGUCACAAGGGUGUUCAGUUGUGCCCAGUUGGUUUCUAUUUCAAAAUAUUAGAUUUUGGUAUAAGCACACUUAGAGCGGCACGGUGCCUCAACGGUUAGCAUGGUGGCCUUACAACAACAGGGACCUGGGUUUGAUUCCAGCCGCGGGCGACUGUGCAAACUGCACACAUUCUCCCUGUGUCUGUGUGGAUUUCCUUUGGGUGCUUCUGUUUCUUC